ACCUGCUACACUACUUGCUGUCUAUGCUACGAGUAGCCUUCUCGCUAGCUAUUGAUCGUCGGCGUUUAGCUCGACGGGCUAGCAAUGACUGGAUUGUUCCUUUCGGGUGUUUACCGCGAGGCGACCAGAAAUGGUUCUGUGGAAACCGCCGUACAAGGUCUGAACUGGAUUGUCAGCCUUGUGUAGUUUUUAGUUUGUGCCCCCUAAGAGUCCCCUGGGUUUCGGCUGACCAUGGUGGUCUGAAGAAAAGGAGGCGCUUUGUGUGUGCGUGUGUUCACUCGAAGGGAAGAGAAGAACCAAAUUUGCAAGCUUGAUUCCAAAAUGUCUCAAAACCAAGAACUGGUUGUGUUUUACAUUCGCCAUAAACUCUCACAGAAAGACUACCCACUCAACCACAUAGGACUCAGACAGGAAUUUAACAGGACUGAUGGGGGGGAGGAAGCCUCAGGCGAGGAACAGCGAGUACCGACGCACCCCAACGGGACUACGAACGGCACAAGUCCGCCGGCAUCGCCGCUACGGGAGUCGGCGAGCCUGGACGCAGUGAAGAAGGCCCUGCAGGACUCGGCCAAUGAGUUUGAGAUGCGCUACUCCCACGCCUUCAGUGACCUGGACCAACAGCUGCACAUCACGCCUGCCACUGCCUACCAAAGCUUCGAGAACGUCGUGGAUGAGGUGUUCCGGGACGACGUCAACUGGGGUCGCAUCGUGGGACUCUUUGCUUUCGGUGGAGCGCUGUGCGUCGAGUGCAUGGAAAAGGAGAUGAGCCCUCUGGUCGGCAGGAUCAUCGAGUGGAUGACUGUGUACCUGGACAACCACCUUCAGCCCUGGAUAGAGAGCCAAGGAGGUUGGUGUUUGUCAGCCACACAGACUAAUCAGCUGCUUUCCGGGUGCUAUGGCAACCAACUGCAUGAUUCCCCCCCAGCCUUCCCCCAUCCAUUUUUCACUACAUGGAAAGUUUCAAAUUGGGACAGGGCUGAUUUCCCACGCGGCAGCAGAACAGGAAUAAUGAAAAAGCACAUUGAAUCAAUCACAAGUGGACACUUCUGGUUGUCUUGGAAGAUGUUUCGCCUCUCAUCCGAGCAGGCUUUGUCAGUACAUCGACGAGAUAGGACAGGUCUAUUGCUUCCCAGUGACGACUCAUCUAAACAAUCAUAAACACCAUAAAUGACUCUUAAGACUCCUUUAGCACCAGAAAGUUAAAUCUAUUCACAUUCAUCACUAAAUUUGUUUAGAUUUUUUAUUUUUUUAUUUUAUUUUUUUUUAAAAAGACUUCUCCAGGAUUUCUGUCAGAUUGAGAAUAUUUUGUACAUCUAAUAAUGUUUCUGUCUGUAAAGAUUGGGAGUAUUAUGUAAAUGAUCUUAAUUUGCGCCCCAUGUCAUCAAAGCAUUGCGUUUAUAUAGUACAGUAAAAUCAACAUGUUUAAUGGCUAAUUUAGGUGGUUAUCGUGGUUGUUGGCCCUUACGGCAAUGCAAGGGCCAUACUUCUUGAAAGGGAGGUACUAGCGCCCAUGAAGAUGUUCUCAAAACAUGGUGCUGUAAAAUUUUUUUCCUUUGGUUAACUCCAUAUAGCAGUAGGUUAACAUGGAGAAUCUUGUCCUACAGUGUGCUAAAGAGAUAUGUAGUAGUUACACAGAUUUUUGGUAAUACAAGGUGUACAUGCUGUAUUUUUUUAAAAACUGAAAAAUGUAAUGUUUACUCCUAAAACCAUAGGUAUGAAGAUGCUCCACUUCAGAUGAUGAUACUGCCUUAAACUAAGGAAUUGUAUUUAUUUUUUCUGCCCAAGGGCUCCCCCUACAGUUGUAAAAUAUAAAUGAUUUUAAGCCAUUUGGUUACAAACGAAUGUAUGGUAGCAAACGUGUAUUUUGUUAAGUGACAAAGACUUGGUCAGAAACUAAAAAACUAAGUUCCUGGCUGUACAUCAUGUCUUGAAAUAAACAUUGAUUGUUUUAGUGUUGAUACAAGGACCGCUAACAGGUCUUGUGCUAAUGCAACACGAAAGUUGUCCAGGCUGCUCCACCAAUCUUCUAAGUCACUAAAGUAAAUGAUCAGCCAUCGCUAUGGGAGCAAGAAAUUCUGUUCUCCUUUUUACAAGCCUGUAAAUUUGAAAGUGGUUAUUUAUCCACAAAUACCAUUGUCAUAUAGUCGCAUGUGUAAAUGUAAAGCUCAUCAAUGAAAUUCUUUGUGAAAGCACCUUACCAUUUGCAUCCCUCGGCACUUCCACAUAAUCAAUACAGGUUGUGCAUGUUUGACGUGCCCUGACAUGUCCCUUGUACAGGUGUCAGUUACCCUCAUCACAAGGUGCUCGUCCGCUACACCCACAUUGCUCACAUUGUUCCUGACUGAUUGCACAGGGAUGCGAAGCCUUUGCUUAAGGCUGGCCAUUUUUGUUUACAAAUAAUGAAGUCAACCAUUGAAACAUCAUGUGCCAAGAAUGUAAGCAUGAUUAAUUAUUUACUGCGUUCGUCUAUCCCUCGUGGUUUCGCCCUUCUUCCGUCAGCUUUAGUGCAGUAAAACUACCUGCAGUGUCCUGCCACACUAGUUUAGUCAUCCUGCCAUCUGUGUCAGAAGUCCUGGUGUUGGUUUGGGAAGGGUUCAAUUUGGGUUUAUAUUUAUCUGGAGGUUUGCUCUUAAUCUCAGCGUCCACCACAAUCAAGGCCUGGAGGAAGUCAAGGUGAGAGUGAAAGAAGACAUUUUUCUUGGCAGCUUCCCACAUUCCGAAUACUGAUUAACGGUCUUUGAUUGCUUGCAAGGCCUGUGCUUAGGUCUGAAUGCGAGACAGUCACCCGCUUCUGCUGUGUCCUCACAUACGCAAGGCUUUUUAGAUGCAGCGCAACCUCCCAAAUUGAACACAAGUCUAUUUCAUGUCACUUGUUGACUUGCAAAUUUGUUCUAAUUUCAAAACAACUUUUCCCUUAGGAAAUAAUACAAAUAGAAUUUUGUUCCAGGCUUAACGUGUACCGUCAGGGCAAUUAACUGUACAGGCUAGUAAAAUUUUCACCUUAAUUUUUUUUCAACCUUUAGUCAACCAGGUAAAAGCUUGAUAUAGAAUCUUUUUCAAAAGCGACCUGGACAAGAGGCAGCAGAAGUUGUCAUGUAAGGUAUAAGAAAGGUAUAGUAAAACUGCUUACCCUUUGAAGACACCUGACAACAAAGGAUUGUACAAUACUCUCACCUUGUGGUGUUGUAACAUCUGACUAAAAAGACAAACUAUUUUUCAGCAAAUUGUUGGUUUAACUCCAGUGUUCAACUUUUACGGUCUUUCACUUUGGAGAUUGCGAUGUAUGUUUAAAAGUUCAUCUACACCAGUGGUGGGCAAAGUAUAGCCCUUGGGUAACACACGGCCUGCGCAGUUGUUUAAUCUGCCCCAACGCACAUUUACAUUAGCAACAGUCCUGUAAUACUGAUAGGUCCGAUAGAAAAAAACUGGACCGAGAGUUAUCAAAAUCUUUGUCCUCUGACCUUUAAAUACACAUUAACAUGCAUGAUUGUCUGUUCUUUUAGUAUUUAAAAUAAAUUUAAAAAAUUAGUUAAACGUGUAUUAUUUGCAUAUCUUAGUAUUGAUUGUAUGAUAACAUGGUACAUUUCAUCGCAAUCUCAUUGUACUUGUGUAUUGUGAUAAUAGGCAUUCUAAUAUAUGACCAGUUUAAUAUAAAAUGCAAUUAAUAUAUGAUAAGUAUAAGUAGGAGGUCCCCUCUUCAGCUUUCCAACCUUUUGGUGGUUCCUUGGCCAAGAAAUCGUUUGACCCCUAAUAUAAACCAUAAAAAAAAUAUCUUACUGGUUUGGAGAAGCAACAAGUUAUCGGUAUAAGUGGGGAAAAAAUUAUCGCGUAUCCCUAAUAAAAUAUUAAUCAAUCAUUUUGCAUGAAUUAAACUAUUUGUUAAAGGUGAAUUAUAGUUAAAUGUUAUUUGAUAAAAAAUAACUUCUGUAGACUAGCACGAUAGACUGCUCGACUUUUUGUUUGUGUUAAAAAAAACAAAUAAAAUAAAUUCACCCUAAGAAAUGGAAGUACUGUACAAAUCUAGCCUAAUUUUUUGAAGUCUGAGUUCUACUGUCUGUGUUGAAUGAAAGGCAUGUAUCUCCAAUUGUAGUGACAUUUUAGGUUUUAAUUGGGGGGCGGGUAAUUUGUGUGGACAUACGGCCCCACCCACUAACAGGCUGCGCAGGGUCAAUGUUUGUUGCCUUGAAUGAACUUUGUAUGCAGUCAAAGGUUUGACUCAAGGCAACUGGACUGUUCUUGUUUGUUGAUGUUUCACCUUCAAUCCAAAAGGCUCCCUCAGUUUUAAGUUUUAGGUGUGGAGGCCCUCUAUACCUCGGUGGGUUUGUUCUCUGGGGGUUUGUCUUCAACAAAAAAAAGUCCAGUUGCCUUGAUUCACACCCUUUGCAAAAUCUAAAGACAUUUUGUAAACUUGAAAUAAAUAUAUUGAAAUGACAAA